GGAAGAGUGAACACAGGAAGUGGUGAAGAGGUUGUUUCAUUGUCUCUACUUUCUUUCACUUUGUACCUUGUGGCGUCAGAACAUCAGAAUAACUGCAACUCAACUAAAGCUUGUUAAAGCAGCAGUCGCUCUUCAGUUGAAUCCGUCUGAUGUUUCCAGCACAGUGACAUCAUGGAGGCUGCAGCAGCAGUCACAGGUGAUCUGCAUCCUCUGAGGCGCAGUAGCAGCUAUGAUUUCCUACCACCUAACAUGUCUGAGCUCAGGGUUGUUCUGCUGGGGAACAGCUGGUCUGAGAGGAGUUCAGUGGGGAACUUCAUACUGGGAGAGACUGAGUUCACUGAGGAAGAACCAGACCAAUGUCUGACAAUCAGAGGACAGUUAAAGGAGAAAGAAAUAGUUCUCAUCAACACUCCAGAUCUGCUGCAUCCUGACAUCUCUCAACACAAACUGACAGAACAUGUGAAAGACUGUGUGAGACUCUCUGAUCCUGGACCUCAUGUGUUCCUGCUGGUUCUACAGCCUGAAGACUUCACUGAGGAACACAAACUGAGACUACAAUCAAUCCUUGAAAAGUUCAGUGAUCGAUCAUUUGAUCAUUCACUGGUUCUGAUAUCAGCACCCAGAGAGAAGAGUUCAGCUUUAAAGAAGAAACACAUGGAGCACCCUCCAGUAAAAGACCUGAUCACAAUGUGUAGAUACAGACAUUUGAAGCUGAAGAACCUUGAACGUUCAGAGCUGUUGACACGAUUAGGUCAAACUGUAAAAGAGAACAAUGGAGAAUGUGUCAGCUGUGAUGUGUUUGAGGAGGCAGCAGUUGCUUUAUCCAGUGAACAUCGAAGCUUAAAGCAACAGGAAACAACCUGUUCUGACUUGGAUCCUGUUGGAGCUCCUGAGAGGAAGUCUUACUUUGAAAGGACAACAAGCUAUGUCAGCAACUUGUUUAAACCAAAGUCAUCAACAGUGGAAAGCACAAUCAAACAAGCGUCUGCACUCAGAAUUAUACUGUUCGGGAAGAGAGAGGAAACAAAAGCAAAACUUGGUAACUUAAUGCUCGGGGUCCAAAGUUCUCUAUUCCAAAAACAUCCUUCAGUGAAGCAUUGUACUGCAGCCUGUGGAGAGUGGAGAGGAAAACAAAUAACAAUAGUGAAAACUCCAGAUAUCUUCAGUCUGAAUGAGGAGACAAUAAGACAAGAGGUGAGGAAGUGCAUCAGUCUUUGCCUCCCUGGACCAAAUGUUCUUCUGCUGUUAGUGAAACCUUCUAAGUUCACAGAGGAGAACAGACAAACACUGAAGUUCAUCCUGAGUUUGUUCAGUCAAGAUGCUUUUAAACACUCAAUGGUCAUCAGCACACAGAAGGAGAAUAAAAGUGUCUCUGUGAAUCAGCUCCUUACAGACUGUGGAGGAAGAUACUACAGCAUGUUGGAAGAUAGCCCUAAAGUGUUAAUGCAGAAGAUUGAGAAGAUUGUGCAUGAAAACAAAGGGACCUUCCUCACCCUCACUGCAGAGACAAUGAGACCAAAGUCUGAACCCAUCAGAACAUCCUUAAACCUGGUUCUGUGUGGGAGGAGAGGAGCAGGGAAGACUUCAGCAGCCGAGGCCAUUUUAGGUCGCUCAGAGCUUCAUUCAGAGUGUGUUAGACAUCAGGGAGAGGUGUGCGGAUAUUGGGUUUCCCUGGUGGAGCUGCCUGCCUUGUAUGGAAAACCUAAGGAGGCAGUGAUGGAGGAAUCACUCAGGAGUAUCUCCCUCUGUGAUCCUGAGGGUGUCCAUGCCUUCAUCCUGGUCCUACCUGUGGGUCCCCUCACUGAUGAAGACAAGGGAGAGUUAGAGACCAUCCAGAACACAUUCAGCUCUCGAGUCAAUGACUUCACCAUCAUUCUGUUCACUGUGGACUCAGAUCCUACAGCUCCAGCUGUUGUUAACUUUGUGAAAGAAAACAGAGACAUCCAGGAGCUCUGUCAGAGCUGUGGAGGAAGAUAUGUUGUUCUCAACAUCAAGGACAAGCAGCAGAUCCCAGAGCUGUUGGAAGCUGUGGACAAGAUGAGAGUUGAAGGAUCCAAAUGCUUCACAAAGGACAUGUUCACUAAAGCUCAGAUGGAGAAGGUCACAAAACUUAAGGCUGAAGUGAGGGAUCUGAAACAGAAGAGUCAGAUGGGAAUAGAUGAUGGAAUUCAGAACAGAGAGUGUCUCAGGAUGGUGCUGGUUGGGAAGACUGGCAGUGGGAAGAGUGCAACUGGAAACACCAUUUUGGGCAAAGAACAUUUUAAAUCUACUGCCAGCACAAAGUCUGUCACCAAACACUGCCAGAAAGCAACAGGUCAGAUUGAUGGUCGGACUGUUGCUGUGGUCGACACUCCCGGCUUGUUUGACACAACUUUGUCCACUGAUGAUGUUCAACAGGAGCUUGUGAAAUGCAUCAGCUUGUUGUCUCCUGGACCUCAUGUGUUCCUUCUGGUGCUGCAGAUCGGUCGCUUUACAAAGGAGGAAAAAGAAUCUGUGGAACUGAUCAAGAAAUAUUUUGGCAAGAAGUCUCAAGAUUUCAUCAUCAUUAUAUUCACCAGAGGAGAUGAUCUCAGUCAAACAAUUGAGGGUUAUAUAGAAGAGUGCGAUGAUGUUUUGCAAAAGCUGAUACGUGACUGUGGAGGAAGAUACCAGGUCUUCAAUAACAAGAAUAAGACAGACCGCACACAAGUCAGAGACUUACUGACAAAGUCCAAAGAAAUGGUGAGGCACAAUGGUGGCAGCUGCUUCACUUCAGAGAUGUUCCAAGAGGCCGAAGCAGCGAUACAGAAGGAAGUGGACAGGAUCCUGAAGGAGAAAGAAGAAGAGAUGCAGAGAGAGAAGGAAGAGCUUCAAAGAAAACAUGAGGAGGAACUUGAGGCAGUGAAGAAAAGAAUGGAACAACAGAAAGCAGAAAAAAGAAAGAAAAAAAUAAAGUCUGAAUCAGAAGAAAAGGAAACCAUUGACCGACAGUUGGAGCAGAGCAGAGAAGAGAUGAGAAAGCAACGAGAGAACUCGGAGAAAGAAAGAAAAGAAUGGUGGGAUAAACGAUAUCAAGAAGAUGAACAGAGACGACAGGAGGAACAAAGAAGACUUAAAAAGCUGCAAGAAGAAUACGAACAGGAGAGAGAAAACUAUGAAAACAAAAGAAAAGAAGAGGAUCGAAUCAGAAGAGAAGAAGAGGAAAAGGAGAGAAAAGAACUGGAGAAAAACUAUAAGAAAAAAACAGAAGAAAUGAAGAAGAAAUACGAAGAAGAAGCCAGAAAACAGGCUGAAGAAUUCAAUGAGUUCAAACAGAAAUACACAGAGGACUUUGAAAAGUUGGUAGACAAACACAUGGAGGAAAUAAAGGAAAUAAAGGAAGAACAUGAGAAACAAAUGAAAGAGAUAGAAAAGAAACAUGGCAAAGAUUACGAUCUGUUACAAAACCUCAAAACUCAUAAUGAAAUUAAACUGAAAGAAGAGAUUGAUGAGUUGAAGAAGAAACAGCAACAAGAAACAGAAAAUCUGAAAUCCGAACACCAGAGCAGCUGUAUCAUUUUAUGAUCUCCACCAACUCCAUUAUUAGGACUGUAACAUAUGGAACGUCAUUUAACAGCAGUUGGUUUAUUUAAACUGAAGGUUUUAAGAAUACUAUCUUAUAAUAUUUAGGGCUCUUCCUCUCCUCCUCCUCUCCACUCAGGUGGGAGGGACAUGAGAUGUGUUGUUGCUCUGCAUACUGAUGUUUCCUUUGUACAGUAUUGUUUAUUUGCAAUCUAACUGUUUAUAUAGUUUUAUAAUAGUAUCCACACACACACACACACACACACACACACACACACACACACACACACACACACACUGUAAAGCUACAUCAUGCUGUAUAUGUCCAACCUUCCUGAAUACACACUUUAGGAUUACAGACUCCAUGUUUCCUGACUGACACCUGUUGAAGGAGCAGAACUUUAUUCAAUUGUUGUUCUCGUUCGUCUACGAAUAUUAAAAACAACGAUAGAAAAACAAAACCACGAGCAGGAUUCCUCCAUCAGAACGAGUGCCGACAGGAACAUUGUCAGGAUCCGGUUUUAUUCUGUGCUUACUUCUUAUUAUGUUUUAUGAUUCAUUAUUUUAUUUGUACUCCUUUUUAUGAUGCAUUGAUCAUUUUUACUCAUUUAUGUUUGUGUCCUGUGAUGAGAUGUGGGUCUCCAACAGGAAGCUAAUAGGUUUUAACUGUUAGUAUGAGAAUGUCAAUCUAUAUAAUCAUUUUUAUCAUUUUACUCGUUUACCUUGUUGAUCAUUUUUAUUACUCCAUUCAUUGAUCCUAUUUUUAUUCACAUGCUUUAUAAUUGUCCUAUUAUUCAUUUAUGUUCUACCUAUGUGGGCCUUAUUCAUCAUUCUAUUACUCAAUGUAAUCAUCAUUAUUCUUGCUGUUACGUAUCACAUAUUACUAUGAUUCAAAGAGUGUUGUUAGCCUAAUAAGAACAAAUAACUUACUUAUAACUAUUUUUGUGGUUGGGACCAGCUCCGUUCAGGUCUAAAAUGGCUGACAGAGAGCAGCAUUGGUGUGACCAUAAAACUGAACCUUAAAAAGGAAACAAGCCUUUCUGGUGCAAAGCUGGUUUUUUAUUUUCUUUUAUUUUGAAUCUGUAAAGCAAGACUGGUAAUUGGGAAAAUAAAAAUGAGUUCAAACAUAAAGAA